UGGAAGAUUUCUGAUUGACUGAUAUCUUAAAAUUUUCAGCUGAAUUCCUUCAUGAUUGAUAAUAUUUAGUCAAGUAUACUUCCUUUAAAAAGACUGGAGAUGUCUGACAGUGACAGUUCCAUCCUCCAUGUCUGUGUCAUUGGCUUUCAUCACAAAAAGGGUUGCCAGUUGGAAUAUUCCUAUCCACCUCUGUGUGAAGGGAAGGAAGUUGACAGCCAUGACCUACCUGAGGAGUGGAAACAUUUACCGUCAUUGGCAUUGCCUGAUGGAGCUCAUAAUUAUGACAAAGACACAAUCUACUUCCAUCUGCGGUCAAAAGAUGGUUCACGGGAUACUGUGUUUGGGAUAUCAUGCUACAGACAGAUGGCUGCCAAAGAUCUCAUCAAGCGCACGGCUGAUGUGACAAGGAGCUCUGUUCAGAAGAGUGUUUGUGUCAUCAGCAAGCUGCCUCUGUACGGUCUCAUCCAAGCCAAGCUAGAGCUGAUCACCCAUGCAUACUUUGAUGAGCGAGAUUUUAGCAAAGUUGAACUGCUGGAGCAGACGUACAUUAAUCUGAAUGCUUCUGUCAGUCCGAGUAUGAUCAAGGGCUCACAGGCAUUUCUAGGCAUGUCAGCGAGAGACUUGAUUGUGCAGUUCCGUCAUAAGAUUGUGAUGCUGUUCAAAUUGAUCCUACUUGAGAGGAAGGUGUUAGUCUUCCUCACUCCUGUUGCUGCUCUCAACAACAUCCUUCUGGCCUUGCUCUCAUUAUUCCCAGGUAUGAUCGAACAUGGCCUGAAAGAAGCAGCAGGGUACUCUAAUCGAAGACUUACAGAAUUUCACCUUGUUGGGGCAGAUUCGGACGAGUACUUAGAAUUAAGUUACAGGGAGCAAGGCUCGGGUUCCAUACCGGUUUUUGUUGAUACGCCAGAUAUUAUCAAGUCGCACAUUCCAAGAGAUGAUGUGCUCAGGGGUGCACACGCAUCAUCAUCGUCACGCGAGAGUUCACCGUUUGAUACCGACUUAACAAGCAUUACUGAUGUGUCGAACUCUGAUGUCCAAUCUCGGUUGUCGCCAGUGAAAUGUGCCUUAAAAGAUGUGGCGAAGGUGGAUGCGCCACGCUCUAAGGAAGCUCUCGUUCAUAAGAGCAGUCAGGAUAGUUUACAUCGGGGUGAUGCCGUAGCGACAGUAGCAUAUCAGCGUCAGGCAAGUGUUGGUAGCAUCAGUAGCAUUGACAGUCAGAAUGUUAUCUGUGAACAACCCAAACCAAUGAACAGUGUGUCGAAUUCGGAUGGCAAGGAUAAGGAAAUUGGUAAGCGGCAUGCUGUUUAUGAUCUUAGUGUUGAUAUUGAUGCUGUGACACACGUAGAGUCAGUGCAACUUGCCUCCUUUGACAAUGGUGAGGGUGGGUUGAGCUCGCCACACGAGAGGAGUAAUCACCCUUUGGAAUUUAUUGAAGACAUCACGAAAGUUGAACCAGUGCAAGAGACAGCUUGUGCACAGUUAGCACCAGUGUCUGGUGUCGGCCCCACAUCCACUGAGAUCGAGGAUCUGGAUUCGCCUGAAAGUCUUAAGGAAAUUGACCGGGAGGAUUGCUUUUCAUGGGAGGAAGACAAGUUAUUACUUGAGAUCGAGGAAGAAUUGGACACGAGUGUUGGUCUCUCGAAAGAGGCUACGGUGAUGCGAAGUGUGUCGGAGCAACGGCCUGUUGGCGGUGUAUCAGAGUCGAGCGUCGCUGAUCAUUCUCAAGUAAAAGAAUCUGUAGACAAAUACGAGAAAAAUGUUAUCGAAUUCUAUUCGGAGUUUUACGUGCCUCUAGGUAAUACUGAUGCCUUUAAAAAUGGCAUGACGGGAUUAUCUCAUAGCGAUAGUCUGAAUAGUUUAAGUUCGCAGGGUUCUUCGUCGGGACAUAUCAGAUCUGCCGGCGCUUUCCUGAAAAAUAAGUUGCUGUCUCCUCUGAGCGGGAAACGGUCGCCAUCAAAGAUGAGCGUGGAUGGAGAGAACAUGUCGUGUGUACAGCGGCCAUACAGUCCAACUACUUUAGAAAUAGAUGCAUCUGGCUUUCCAUUAUCUGUAUUUACAAAGGGUUCCAUAUGCCAUCCAUAUCUUCCUCUCCAGUAUUACGAUCUUCUCGAGGACGUGAAUAUACGAAGCUUCCUAAUUGGUGCGACUAAUAUCCUGUUCAAGCAGAAGCGCCAUCUAACCGAUGUCGUCAUAGGGGAGGAUGAUACUAAGAUUGACAUCCAUGAUAAUGAAUUGAAACGUCAACUGAACCUAACCACGGCUGACUUGAGAUUUGCCGAUUAUAUUGUCAAAAACGUUUUGGAGGACGGCGAAGAUCUUUUCUUGGAUGGAACAGCUGGGCAACUUUCUAGGAUGUCUGUUGGUUGGGAAGGCGGGGAGGAGUGGAUUCGGGUUCAGUUCCGUUUGUACCUGAUGGCACUACUUGCUUCAGCAGAGCAAGAUGAUGAGAAAAUUGAAGAGGAUUUUAACCCUCAUUUCAUGCGAGCUUGGAAAACAACGCACAACUACAAAGUCUGGCAGUAUUCUGGCCACGAUGGCAUCAAGCAGUGUGAACCCGGUCACCCAUUCCGUGGGCAAAUGAGUAUGGCUGACAUGAGAUUAAAAUGGAAUGCGUCUAUGCAGAACACUGAAAAAGGCAGAAAAAUUAACGCUGCUGUGCAUUCAACUGGCCGAGUUGUGGGUGGUGCCCUUUCCUCGGCCAAGGGGGCGAUAUCUGGCUGGCUGAGCUCAUGGAACAAACCCAAACCUGACCAAGCUGAAGAUGAGAACUGACCGUCCCGAUGGAGCCCCUACAGGACCGUGUGGGACCUGUGAUACUAGUCAGCAACCCGUACCUUGAAGUCACUGCGUAUUCUCACAUUCAUAAUCGGCCAGGGAUGGCCACACAAUCACCCUAAAUGGCAUGGAUGUAGUUAUGAAAAACUCUGUGGGUGCUAAUUAACGGACAAAUGGACAAAGUUAAAUGUGAUGUUAGCUUAGUGCAUCGCCCUGCCAUCUGGUGGCAGCGUAAAACAUUAAAUGUACUCAUUAAUCUGAAGACUUCUCAGCAAGCACUGUCAUCGACGGAAACUUAAAUCGUGAGUGUAUCGGGUCGAACAAAAAUGGAGUAUACUGCUAAAUAUGAAGUUGUACAAUUGCAAAUGAGGAACCUGUAGAACUAAAAAUCCAGAUGGAAGCACUAGUAUUAAAAGGUACACGUCCAGUGCAUUUUCAAUUAAAAAUUAAGUUUUGUUGAUUUUCUCCCUUAAACUCAUCGAAAUAGAAUUAAGGACCAAUAAAACAACAUUUUUGGUGCUAUUUCCCCAUGAAGAGUAAUUCAGGGAUGAAAUAUUGAAUAAUCAUUGACCCAGGAAAUGGCUUUCUCAUUACAACCAUGGUCCACUUGCCUGCAGGGCCCCCUAUUGGCAGGUUUUGUUGUACAGGUUCCCCGUACUAUUACGUUUAUGUGCCAAAGACAGGUUGAUAGGUCAUAGAAUACCUCAAUUCUGUCCAAUAAUUAUAACUAGUCAGUUUAGAUCUUGAUCGGAAUGUGUAUUGAUAAACGUUACUUAUUAAUCCCCCUGAAUGAAGUGAUAAUGGGAAAGUGCUUGUAGAUUGAAAAGUGGACAGAAGACAUGAACAUUUCUUUCUGUAUCAGAUGUGUUGGAAAAUAAUGAGUUGAAUAUUUUAGCUAGGCCUGUUAUCCCUUCGAUACCCUUAUUCAAAAACUCUAUUGUGAAACUCGUAGGCAGGCCUUGAUUAGCCUAUCAAGAUAGAUUAAGAUUCACGGAGUUCUUUUUACACAUCUGUAUUGUAAAACAGCAGUAUCUGAUCAGGGUAAAAACAAAAUAUACUAAAAGUACAUGUACCGUACAUGUACUAAUUUGAUUUUAGACUUAAUAGUGCCGUUUACUCGACACGAAAAAAGAGUUGAUACGGAUCUGCAUCUGUAAAAUGACACUGCUAAAAAAAGGUUCCAGAUUGCUUCAGAUACUCCUCUGCCAGCCAAAUGAUGAUGCAUUCAAUGGAGAGACGUCACCAACAUUGCUGAUGACAUAUUGUGAUGUUGUCAACGCACUGUCUAACAGGGACCUGUGCAUAUGCGCAAUGAUGGAAUGAUGCGACAAACAUUGCUAGAUUGAUCGCCGAUUGGCGUGGAUUUUGUUCCCUGACAUAUAUGGGCUACGCAUUUGUGAGCAAAUUUCUACACCCAAAAUGUAUUUGUUGAUUAUCAUAACAUUAUUUAUCUCGGAGAACGUUUUUAUGCAAAAAGGAAAGUGCAGUAGCUUUGUUUGAAUGCUUUGUUAGAUACACUGUGAUAGCCCCAGUCUGAGUCCCAUGUAUCAUAGUGUUGAUCACAAGUCUGGUACAAUGAUAAAACCACCCGAGUGUGAUUUCCGUAGGUGAUUUGACCUUGGCCAGGAAAGCAGCGAAACCAUAGGUCGAGGGGAUUUUUGGACCCAAGACCAAUCACCAACAGUUACAGUCGCUCAUGAGGGGACAAGCUGUGCAUUGCAUUUGUCAAGUUGAGUGUUCUUUUCCGUUAAAAUCAGCAAGGUUAGCUCUUUGAUAUCAGAUCUAUAGUCGUAGUUCCACCCAUAAAACCCUGUGUUUUUUCAAGACCCGUGUCUUCGCCGGGUGUCAAAAAACCCGGGGCGCACUUACACCUAUCAGUAGUGUUAGAUAAUGGUUAAUAGCCCCGGCGACAGGUGCGCUGUAGGUAGGGAGCUCUCCUGUGUUUCUUUCCUGUUGGAGGGGAAUUUCGCGUGUGCAAUACCGAGGCAACUACACCGCGCCAUCUGUCGCCGGGUCUUAGAACUUUCAAUUGCCGGGGCUAUUCAGAUUCCACCUAUCAAAAAACCCGUGUUGAACACGGGUCUAAAUUAGCCCCCGAUUAGCCCCAUCGAGCUCGAUGGGGCUAAUAGACACUGGGAUUUGACACACGGGUCUAUUUAGACACGGCAAUUCAUAGGUGUAAGCGCAAAAGACACGGGGAUUUGAUAGGUGGAAGUACAACUAUUAUGUGCUCGGGUAUAUGAUAAAAACGGCAUUCAAAUCGACACAAAUAUUUCAACUGUUUACGGUAUAACAGGCAUCCAAUCAAUGCUACAGCUCAUUAAACAGCUCAGUCUCAAUCCCUUUAUGUUUUAUUGGGAUUGCUGAAUACGAGCAAGAUUUGAUAAAUGUAAGCUUAUACCGGGGUAUAUUUUAUACAGCUUAUUAGAUUUCAAUGCAUAAUCUUAGCGUUUUUAUUUGGUAAGUGAGAUUAACUCGGGUUUAAGGAGAUAGCAUAUCGUGAAAUGUUGACUUGAUCACUGUUUUUGGGUAGUAGAGACUCAGGUAAUCAGCACUGUAACUGAUUGCUGGAGUGCUAUUGAUGUGGUCCAGGCCAUUCAUUUGGUACGUACGCAGAAUUUUCAGAUGUUUGGUACCCCCUCUCCCAUAUAAGGUGUGCUCUUAAAAACUAUAAAACUGUAAACAUAUUUUUCGUACUUAGUCACAUGUGAUGGCAAAUAAAUAGAUUUUAAAUAAUUUUUUCAAUCCCCUAACACCUGCAUACACCCGUAAGCAAAGUGGAACUAAAUUUACAACCCCCGCCUCUCCCCCUCAAAUGCGUACGUAUUAAAUGAAUGGCCCCUUUGUUAAAGCCAGUUUAAAUACUAUUUUGUUAUAAUCAUGUCUUACUAUUUCAAUGACCUAAAUGAUGGGUUAGUGGCAUGCAAUCAUGAGAGCUAUUGCAAUAUGUAAGUUUUGUUUUAGUGUAUCACCUACAUGUACCUGUUGUUGGAAGAGAAGCAAGCAGGAUGAUUAAAUAAAA